AUGAUCAAAACCUUCAAGCCUGCAGUGAGGCUCAGGGUCUGGAGGAAGCACAGAUUUCUGAUGCUUCAGACAAGAUCUUCCUCUCCUCCUCCUAAGCAACCUCUGUGUACACUGAAAAGGCCUCCUACUGCUGAAGCAUCCAGUACUUCCCAGGGUUCUCAGAUUGCCUGUUUAUCUUCCACUGCUACUACAGUCUCUUCAGUGAGCAAAUCAGAUGACAGCUCUAGCAGCCAAGAAGAUGAGGAAAGUCUAAGCACAGUGGAGUCUGUGCCUGGCAGUAGCUAUCCUCUAGAUGAGAAGGUGGCUUUGUUGGUGCAGUUCCUGCCAUUCAAGUUUCAAAUGAAAGAGCUAUGUAUCACCUAUGAUGGAAUACUGAGUAGUAAUGAGGGCAUCCCCAAGACUGACCUCCUGGUUUUUACCUGGGAUGUGAUCUUCAUGAAGGACAACCAUGUCACUGAGGAGGAGAUCUGGAAAGCACUGAAUAAGAUGGGCAUAUUUUCUGGGCUGUAUCACUUAAUCUACGGUGAGCCCAGGAAGUUCAUUACCAAAGAUCUGGUGCUGGAAAUGUAUCUGCAAUCCUUCAUGUCAUGA